AUGCAGGAAAUUAUACAGUGCAAAGAAGUUACCAUUCGUUAUGUAGCCAAGGUCAUUGGUAUUCUAGUGUCAACUUUUUCUGCGGUAGAGUAUGGCAAACUGCAUUACAGAAAUUUAGAAAAUGCCAAAACUAGGGCACUGAAGAAAAAUAAGGCUGAUUUUGAUGCAGAAAUGGUAGUUACUACCAGCAUGAGGGUAGAACUUCGUUGGUGGUAUGUUAACAUAAGAAAUCAGGUUAGGCAUAUUAGUCAUGGAAAUCCAGAAUUGACAAUACAGACAGACGCGAGCCUUCAGGGUUGGGGCUUUGUGUUGAAUGCUUGUAAAAGUGGUGGUAGAUGGACAAAAAAUGAGUCACAAAAACAUAUAAAUGUGUUAGAACUUUUGGCUAUCUAUUAUACCAUUAAAGCUGUAGCAGACAAAAUUCUUGGGAAACAUAUAAAAAUUUUGUUGGACAGUUCGACUGCAGUGUGCUACAUAAAUAACAUGGGUGGAAGUACAGAAAAUGAAGCUGAUGUAUUUUCACGCAGGUUUAAUGACCAGUUAGAAUGGGAACUUAAUACUGAUGUGUUCAGAAAUAUUUGUGAGAAAACCAGGGUUCCAAAUAUUGAUUUGUUUGCAUCUCGUCUUAAUGCAAAAUUUGCUGGGACGCUGUAUUCAGAAGAUAACUAUAGACAUGGCAAGUUGCAUAGUAAUUGUUCCACUGUGGCCAACCCAGCCGUGGUUCACACCACUGAUGAAAUUGUUAGUACAGAAACCGUUGAUUCUACCGUCACAAAGGGAUCUAUUGGCACUCCCGCAAGGAAACAAGGCUCAUCCUCUGUGGAGGAAAAUGAUUCUAAUUGCAUGUCUUGUGUCAGGAAGAUCUUCAGACAGCGAGGCUUUUCUAAGGAAGCAGCCAGAAUCUUCAUGUGUUCUUGGAAAUCAGGAACUAAAAGACAAUAUCAAAUGUAUAUAUCAAGAUGGUUACAGUACUGUCGUGGAGAAAAAAUUAGUGAAAUUUCAAUUACUGUAGUGAAUGUUAUUGAAUUUUUAACCAUUUUGUUUACAAAUGGUUUGGGUUAUAGCGCAAUAAACACUGCAAGAGGAGCCUUAUCAGCUUUUGGAUUGGUAGUAGAUGGUUAUCAUGUUGGUUCACAUCCUGAUGUUACUAGAUUUAUGAAAGGAAUAUUUAAUUUAAGACCAACAAAACCAAAAUAUGUUAAUACUUGGGAUGUUAACCUUGUGUUGAACUAUCUGCGGAAAUUAAGUCCAGUGAAACACUUGUCAUUAAAAGAACUAACAUUGAAACUUGUCAUGCUUAUAGCUAUCACGAAUGCAGCAAGAGCACAGACAGUGCAUUUAUUGUCUAUAAAUAAUAUGAACAAGUCAAGUUCACAGUUUGUAUUUAAAUUUGAUUCUUUGCUAAAACAGAGCCGGCCAGGAGCUGAUUUUUCUGUGUUUGUUCUGAAAGCUUACCCUCCAGACAGGAGGCUUUGUGUAUAUACAGUGCUAAAAGAAUAUUUAAAGAGAACUAAAGUAAUACGAGAUCAACAUAAGAAAUUAUUGAUAAGCUAUAUAAAACCAUAUGCACCAGUUACCCGUGAUACUGUGUCAAGAUGGAUAAAGACAGUCAUGUUUAGGUCAGGCGUUAACACAGAUGUUUUUACACCUCAUAGUGUUCGAGGAGCAUCUUUGUCAAAGGCUAAAUUUAACGCAGUUCCUGUACAAGCUAUUCUACAUAAAGCUGGAUGGUCAAAUUGUAAAACAUUUUCAGAAUUCUAUGACAGGGAAGUAGCACCAGGCAUUUCCUUUGAAGAAGGAGUCCUGAAAUAA